GGGGCGGUGGCCCUGCCCGGCUUCCGCGUCACCCUCCUUAACGCCACCUGCCUGUGGACCGGCCCGUAUAAAGGCGUCGCUGGCCUUGCCCCCGGGACUCGGCCCCAUGGAGUCGCCGCCGGCCGAGGGCGGCGCGCGGCUGGGGGCUGUCGCGGGCGCCUUUCUGGAGCCUGAGCCAUGAGUGGCUCCUGUGGAGAGACGCCUGUCCCGGAAGCCAGCCCCACUAUGAGUCUGUGGGCGCUGGAGGACAGCCGCGGCUGCCGGGGCACCCCUGGGCCAGCCCAGGAGCCCCGAGCCGACGAGGCGGCGGCUCUGGAGCUGCAGAUGAAGGUGGACUUCUUCCGGAAGCUGGGCUACUCCUCCUCGGAGAUCCACAGCGUCCUGCAGAAGCUCGGGCUGCAGGCCGACACCAACACCGUGCUGGGAGAGCUGCUGAAACAUGGGGCCGCGGCGGAGCGGGAGCGCCAGGCCUCGCCGGACCCCUGCACCCAGCUCCCGCUGGUGCCCCGCGGCGGGGGCACCCCCAAGGCUCCCACCCUGGAGCCUCCGCUCCCAGACGAGGACAAGGAGGGCAGCGACCUGAGGCCCGUGGUCAUCGAUGGCAGCAAUGUGGCCAUGAGCCACGGGAACAAGGAGGUGUUCUCCUGCCGGGGCAUCCUGCUGGCUGUGAACUGGUUUCUGGAGCGGGGUCACACAGACAUCACGGUGUUUGUGCCGUCCUGGAGGAAGGAGCAGCCUCGGCCUGACGUGCCCAUUACAGACCAGCACAUCCUGCGGGAACUGGAGAAGAAGAAGAUCCUGGUGUUCACACCGUCGCGGCGAGUGGGCGGCAAGCGGGUGGUGUGCUACGACGACCGCUUCAUUGUGAAGUUGGCCUUCGAGUCCGACGGGAUCGUGGUCUCCAACGACACCUACCGGGACCUGCAGGCUGAGCGGCAGGAGUGGAAGCGCUUCAUCGAGGAGCGGCUGCUCAUGUACUCCUUCGUCAACGACAAGUUCAUGCCUCCUGAUGACCCCUUGGGCCGGCAUGGGCCCAGCCUGGACAACUUCCUGCGUAAGAAGCCACUCCCCUCCGAGCACAGGAAGCAGCAGUGCCCCUAUGGGAAGAAGUGCACCUACGGGAUCAAGUGCCGAUUCUUCCACCCGGAGCGGCCCAGCCGCCCCCAGCGCUCCGUGGCCGACGAGCUCCGUGCCAAUGCCCUCCUCUCGCCCCCCCGGGCCCCAGGCAAGGACAAAAGUGCCCAGCGCCCUGCACCUUCACCACAGCCCGGCUCUCUGCCCACAGAAGGUGAACUGGGUGGCCUGGACGGGAAGAAGCCGGGGGCCCGAGCCUCCCCAGGACCCCGCCGCGAGGGGCUCACGCAGACCUUUGCCCCAGCGAGCAGGACUCUCCCAGCCAGCGGGGUCAGCGGGAGCAGCUUCGGGCCCUCAGACUGGCUCCCACAGACCCUGGACUCACUCCCGUACACCUCCCAGGACUGCCUGGAUUCGGGCAUUGGCUCCCUGGAGAGCCAGAUGUCAGAACUGUGGGGGGUUCGAGGCGGAGGCCUGGGAGAGCCAGGCCCGCCUCGGGGUCCUUACGCUGGCUACCACUCUUACGGCUCUGAGCUCCCAGCCACGCCGGCCUACCCAGCCUUUGGCCGGGCCAUGGGCGCUGGCCACUUCAGCGUCCCCACUGACUACGCACCCCCGCCACCCACCUUUCCACCCCGAGAGUACUGGUCAGAGCCAUACCCGCUACCCCCACCCACGCCAGUCCCUCAGGAUCCCCAGGGGCCGAGCCCUGGGCCCGGUGGGGCCCCGUGGGGCGGGGUGGGCAGCCUGGCCAAGGAGCGGGCCAGCGUGUACACCAAGCUGUGCGGCGUCUUCCCCCCGCACCUGGUGGAGGCUGUGAUGGGGCGCUUCCCGCAGCUCCUGGACCCCCAGCAGCUGGCAGCCGAGAUCCUGUCUUACAAGUCCCAGCACCCCAGUGAGUAAGGCAGCCGGUGGCCGGUGGGGGGUGGGGGGUGCUGUCCGGCCAGGCUUGGUGCGGUCAAGUGGCUCGUUCCCAGCCCGGGGGCAGCCCUGGAGGCUAGACAGCAGGAGGGUGAAAGUAGGGAAGGGAGCCCGCAAACCAAAGAUACUGUAGGAUUGGUUCUGGCCCACACGGCUGCCCAGCCGCGUGUCUGGGUGGGUCAGAAGCGAUCGCCCUGUUGAUGCACAUUGUAUCUGUAGUCUAAGCAGACGCUGCCAGUAACGGCCGUCGGUCUGUGGCUGAGGCCCAAACCCUCUUUUCUCUCAGAGGGCGGGGAGGGAGGCUGGGGGGAGCAGAGGCCUGGGCUGGGGGCCCUGUGCACGGCCCCCCACCUCCGCCCUGUCCCUGGGAUGCCAGCCUUGGCUGGCCAGUUGGGCACCGUGUGCCUGCCCUCCGGGGGCCCCUCCUCUAAGCCAAUGAGGCCUUGCCCGUGCUCGCUCGCUGGGCGCAAGGCUUCAUGUUAGUAAGCAAGAUGCUUCUUAAUAACCUACCUUCUGCCCCACUCCGUUCACCUGCCCCAGGGACCUGGGGCCCUCCGCGCUCCCCGAGGGUGGGAGGACACGCGUGUCUGUGUUCUACGUGGAAAGCCCUUCCCUCCCGUAACGUCAAUAAAGCAGUGUGACCCCUUUUCAGAGGCACUGUUGUCGCCUUCCUGCCUCCAGCGUCGGGCUGGCCUGCCGGUGAGGAAGGCGGGCCGGUGGGAGCCCCCACGGCCCUGCCCCUGCUCUGGAAGGAGGGUUACCAGCUCGCACACGCGUGCUGUGCCUGCACUGGAGGCAGCUGUGGGCCUGGGCAGGCGUGGGCACCGGCCUAGGAAGCGGAAGUGUGACAGGGCCUGGAGUCCUGUGGCCGUGCACGGCCGGGGCUGUUCCUCUUUUCUGGGCUGUGGCCAGAGCCAGGGCUAGGAAAGCGCCGGGCCAGGGCGAUGGCCUCGCAGGGGUUGGCUGGAAGGACUGACUGGCAAGUCUUGAAGACUCAGCUCUGGCCCUGUGCUCCCAGCCACGGCUGUGCUCCGGAUCCCAGCUCAGCAGGCAGGGCAGAGGCUGUGGGGCGGGCAGUGGCAGGGUACCCUCCAGCAGGCGAGGAGCCCUCUGCCACUGGUUGUCACCUGGGAGGAGUGAGUGCCCCUUGCAGGGGCUCAGUGUUCUCUACGAAGUGAGGGUAAUAACGGUAUCUACCCUACAGGCCUGACACCUGGCGCAGGGCAGGUGCUCGCCGAGAGGCCUGUGGUGCAACUCCCCAAGGGCUCCGUGCGCUGGGUCCUCCCUCCAUCCAGCGUCUGACUUACCUGACCCACAGAGAUGCCUGCAGAACCACACACACCACCCCUGUCGGUGAAAAACUGGGGUGUGGUGUCAAAUAGCUGGGCUAUCCCAUGACUGCCACACACACACAACCAGCAGGGGGAAAACGGGAACGUUUUUGUUUUAAGGCUUUUUGUUUUUUAAAAUUCUUAUUUAUUUGAAAGGCAGAGUGACAGGGAGAGACAGAUCUUCCACCCACUGGUUCACUUCCUCAAAUGGCUGUAAUGGCCAAAGCUGGGCCAGGCUGAAGCCAGGAGCAUCAUCCGGGUCUCCCAUGUGGGUGGCAGGAUCCCAAGCACUUGGACCAUCUUCCGCUGCUUUCCCAGGCACAUUAACAGGGAGCUGGAUUGGAAGUGGAGCAGCCGGGACUCGAACCCAUGCCCAUAUAGGCUUAACCCACUGCCCAACGCCAGCCCAGGAGAAAAGUCUCAGUGAUGCUAGCUUUGAUUGUCUCACCUAAUUGGUCCUUGGUUGAGAGGUGGUUGUGGCAUCGUUUUAUUUGGAAACUGCUCUGGCACAAGACCACUGAGCCGCAUGUUGAGGGAAACGCCACCCUGGUGCCCCUGCACACAAUGCCCCCACCUUGUGCUUGGGGUGGGACUCAGUGCAUGACCCGGAAGUGAUUCUGCCAAGUGGAACUCAAAGCCUCCCACAAAGUCUUCUUCACGGUGUCCCAUACCUGCUGCUUCCAGAAAAUGGCACUGCCUUGUUUACAAAUGACUUUUUUCCCAUCAAUAACUGUAUUUCAGAUUAAAUGGCUACCUUUGGGUCCCUGUUUUUCGGGGCAAGAAGCUGAAAUACUGGAUUGUCCAGUUCAUUAUCAGGCACUUGGCAAUGCCAAGUGACUUGUCCAAGGUUCCAUGGAGGAGGACUGACUGGAGCAGGGCCUUGUACUGGUCCCCCAGCCCCCAGAUCUGAGGAAGGGAAGGGCCUCAGACACCAGGAGCCCGAGUAGCCCCACCGCCGCACCCUCCUGUGCUGUGGAGCUUGGAGGCUCUGAGGCCUCAGGGGCCACCUAGAAGGGGAAGUAGGGAGCUCUCUCACCCCUCCUCCCACCCACGUGCCCACUGGCCAUGGACUUGGGAGCUCACACUUGCUUCUUGACCGGGGCUGAACUCUUGGUCACUUGCUGCUUCUGCCUGAGUGUGUGCAGGGGUGGGGCGGGGAGCGACUCUGCGGGCAGGUGGGCAGCGGGCAGCAGGUGCCGGCUGGCUGUGGUUGUCUGGAGGUGUGGUCUGGUCCUACAGGUUUAUCCAUGGGUGCCAACGAUGACAGCAGGGCCCGUGCAGCAGGUGCCGAGCUCUGUGGAGGAUCUGGUCCGUUCUGCCCUUCCUUGUGGGCCCAAGCUUGUAGCCUGUGCUUUCCCGGCAGCCUUGGCCACACUACGCUGGCCAUCGAUGCUUGGAGCUUCCCUUGGGGCCUCUUUCCCAAUCUGGCUUCCAAGCAGAGCUACUCAGAAGCUUCCAGGCCCAAUGCCCAGGCUAGUUCUUCCCCCUGGCUUAGGUUUUAACUCUGCAAGUUCUCCCCACUGCCUCCUGUCACACUCCUUCAAGUGGCUUAAACAGGCGGCACUUCCUCCCAGGGUCUGUCUCCACCUCUCCACCUUCUAUACUUCCCAAGAGGAUACCCCAGUCUGUGUGUUGGCAGCAGGAGAGGGAGGUGGCCUGGGUUCACCCAGGCCCACUCACUUCCCCUCUCGACAGCCUCAACUCCCAUCCCCACCCCCCCAGCUCUGGUGAUCUGUACAGGACAGGGUGGCAGGAACAGAAUGUGACUCCUGAGACCAAAGCUCAAACCAUGGAGACGGCGGCAGCUGCUGAGAGGGAUCAAACUCCAGGUGGCUUCCCCACGCGCUCUUUCCUCCUCUGGCUUUCCUGGUUCCAGGAGCCAAGAAGCUGAUGGGGAAAACUGGCCAGUAUGCAAAUUCCUGCGCUGUUGGGAAAUGACACAGAGGACUGGCGCCUCCCACCCACUUUUUCCCACACCCCCAAAGGCCCUCCUUCCACCCCGGCCUGUGGCUGUCUUGGACAGGUGCCCAACCCUGGGCUGUCUUGCAAGUUCUGACUCGCACAGGGGUUCACCCCCGCUUGGGGUGCAGAUUGCAGAAGCCGGGAUGACCAUGGCCUGCCCGGAGAGAAGGAAGCAGCCCACAACAGGAAGGCGUCCUGGCCGCUCAGUCCCCGCCCCCCUCCUCCCCACCGGGGGCAGCUCGGCAGUGGCUAAGAACCGGGGACCUACACUAGCAGCAGGAGAGCGUGCUCUGGGCUCCGGCGGAGUGGCUCUCCCAAGGCCCGCAGUGCUGCUGGUCCGCUGCAGGCUGAGCUGAGAAGUGGCCGGGCCAGCCUCCCGCGCUGUGCGAGGUGCUGGGCAGGCCCUGUCAGACAAUGUGCCCAUCACAGAAAACUGGCUUCCAAGGAGCUGGGAGGAGCUGGUUCCCAGGGGCUCUUGCCCUCAAAGGCAGCCCAAGGACUUUUGCCUGUGGGCUUCUCAAACCCACAGCUCAUGUUUUUCUUCCUAUUCCACAGCCAAGUGGGUGGUGGAAGCCCAUUCCGGGGACCUCCUGGCUCACGGGAAGGGUGGGGCAGACUUGGCUGCGGGAGGCAGGAAGUUGGGCCCUAUAAUUAAGGAAAUCCAGGCCAUCCCAAGGCGGUGGCGUGUAAAUCCUUCCGGCUGGUUCCUGGAGCGGGAGGAGGCCACAGGUUGUCACCCAGGGCGUGGCUGUUUGAAGCUCCUCUGAACACAGCUGCUGGCGAUCUUCAAAUAUUCACCUGUUUGAGAAAUGGCAGCAAAACGAGGCGGGAGGAAAGGCUCGGGGAGCCCACCACACACUGAGCUGGACCUGCGGCUGGGAGAUCAGGUCACGGGGCCGUCUCAAGGCAGAUUCUGGCUGCUCUCCAGAGGAAGACCUCACUGAAGGCCAAGGUGCUGCUGGCACCUCGCCUGCCACCUGCUGGCACCUCCCGGUACUACUGCCCGGCACGAAUCACGGGGAGACCAGGGUCUCCUGCAGGACCCAGGCAAAAGUGGGCAAUGCUUCAUGGCACCUGCAGCUCCGCCUUGGAAAGCAACACCAGAGGUCACUGCCGUGCCUUUGGCAAAGUCUAAAGCUCCUAAAAGUGCUAACUCUUCCAGGCAUUAAAAAAAAAAAAAAAAGUCUAAGUAGAACAGCAGCAGAAGGAAGAAAAAAGUACAAGGAUUCACAUUUAACAAAUGAUUUCAAAAAUAGAAAUAGUGAGGUGCCAGCAUCCUGCCCCUCUCGUUUCAGCUCGGUCCUCUUGCUGGCAGGGAUGCCAACAACAGAGCGGAGCCAGAGCUCCAGGUUCCCUGGGGUGGGGGGAGCCCUUGCCCCUUGACUCAGCAACCUCCCUGCUGGGCACUCACACUUGCAAACCACGUGUGUAAGACUAGCCACAGGGCUGGCGCUGUGGCAUAGUGGGUAAAACCUACAGUGCCAGCACCCAUAUGGGUGCUGAUUCGAGUCUCAGCUGCUCCACUCCUGGUCCAGCUCUCUGCUGGCCUGGGAAAGCAGUGGAAGAUGGCCCAAGUCCUUGGGCGCCUGCACCGACAUGGGAGACCUGGAAGAAGCUCCUGAUCGGCAUGACUCCAGCCGUUGUGGCCAGUUGGGGAGUGAACCAGUGAGUAGAAGACCGCCUGCUCUCUGCCUCUCUGUAACUCUGCCUUUCAAAUAAAUAAAUACAUCUUAAAAAAAAAAAAAAAAAA